AGCACUCUCUCACUUCUGGCCAGGGAACGUGGAAGGCGCACCGACAGGGAGCCGGCCGGGGAGGGCGAGUGAAAGAAGGAAAUAAGAAAGAAAGGAGGUUAACAAAAUAAUAAAAACAGCCUGAGCCAGGGCUGGAGAAACCGAGACCCGGCGCAAGAGAGCGCAGCCCGAUUGGGAGAGGAACGGGAGACUCAGCAGAGCGCGCUCACCACCGACUUUUGCUUCUGCCUUUUUUUUUUUUUUUUUUUUAAACAAGAAGGCGCUAGCUGCAGCCUCACACGCGAGCGCCACGCGAGGCUCCCGAAGCCAACCCGCGAAGGGAGGAGGGAAAGGAGGAGGAGGAGUGGAGGGAGGAGGAAAAGCAUUUGCACCUUCUUGACUCCCACUCCAAAAUAUCUCUCGGGGAUUUUGUAAUUUUUAAAACUUCCCUGCGGGCUCCCUCUUUAUCUCUCCCCUUGUCUCCCUCUCUGUUCCUGCACCCCAGUCCUGUCUGUGUCUCCUCGGCGCGCCCCGCAUCCCCGCACGCUCGGAUCCCGCGACUCCUUGGCAGCCGCGGCGCAUGGAGAGCUCUGCCAAGAUGGAGAGCGGCGGCGCCGGCCAGCAGCCCCAGGCGCAGCCCCAGCAGCCCUUCCUGCCGCCCGCAGCCUGCUUCUUUGCCACGGCCGCGGCGGCGGCGGCGGCGGCGGCGGCGGCGGCGGCGCAGAGCGCGCAGCAGCAGCAGCAGCAGCAGGCGCCGCAGCUGAGCCCCGCGGCCGACGGCCAGCCCUCAGGGGGCGGUCACAAGUCAGCGCCCAAGCAAGUCAAGCGGCAGCGCUCGUCCUCGCCCGAACUGAUGCGCUGCAAACGCCGGCUCAACUUCAGCGGCUUCGGCUACAGCCUGCCGCAGCAGCAGCCGGCCGCCGUGGCGCGCCGCAACGAGCGCGAGCGCAACCGCGUCAAGCUGGUCAACCUAGGCUUUGCCACCCUGCGGGAGCACGUCCCCAACGGCGCGGCCAACAAGAAGAUGAGCAAGGUGGAGACGCUGCGCUCCGCGGUCGAGUACAUUCGCGCGCUGCAGCAGCUGCUGGACGAGCACGACGCGGUGAGCGCGGCCUUCCAGGCUGGCGUCCUGUCGCCCACCAUCUCCCCCAACUACUCCAACGACAUGAACUCCAUGGCCGGUUCACCGGUCUCGUCCUACUCGUCGGACGAGGGCUCUUACGACCCCCUCAGUCCGGAGGAGCAGGAGCUGCUCGACUUCACCAACUGGUUCUGAGGGGCUCGGCCUGGUCAGGCCCUGGUGCGAGCGGACUUUCCAAGCAGGGUGACUGCACAACCUGCAUCUUUACUGUUUUCUCGUCAGCGAUACUGGAAGGGAGAAAAAAAGAAGAGAA